AUGAGCUUCUUCAUCGAAGAUUCAGGUCUCAUCAUCACUCAACUCCUCUACAAAAUGGCUCUUCUAAUCACCGUCCUCAGAUGGAUCUUCUCCUUCAUCUUACGCUACCGAUCCAGAUCCACAUCAUCCUCCUCCUCCACUCCUUCGAUCUCCUCCCAAGCCAUCAAGGAGAGCCUCUCCGUCACGACGUUCCGUGACGUGGCGGAGCGAUCUCCGGAACUGAUCAGCGACACUUGCGCGGUGUGUCUCGGAGAUCUGGAGGACGGAGAUGAGGUUAGAGAGCUCAGAAACUGUAGCCACGUGUUUCAUCGCGAGUGUAUCGACAGGUGGCUGGAUUACGAGUGUGAUGAUAAUAAUGAUGGGGAGGAAGAUAAUCAUCGCACGUGUCCUCUGUGUAGAACUCCGCUUCUUGCUGCUAAUACGUCGUCGUGUUGUGGAGAUUGGCCGACGAAGAGUGAACCUAGCUGGGCCGUUGAACGGCUUCUCUACCUAUUCGGCGACGAUCUUCGCAACUGA